AUGGGAGCAUCAUGCGCCUCUUUUUAUGCUAACGUGGUACUACAUAAAUGGGAGCAUACAUUCGUCCUUAUACCACCUUGGAAACAGUACAUCCUCUUUUACAGACGUUAUUUGGAUGACAUUUGUAUCCUCUGGGGUGGUUCACAGGACGAGCUGAGGCAGUUUUUCUGUUACAUCAAUUCCACCACUAAUUUCUUGCAAUUUACACACACCGUUGACCCACAUGAACUCCACUAUCUAGACAUCACUUUGUACAAAGAUUACACCCAGAAUGUUUUCCACUUACACUUCGAGAGUGCACACCCUCUAUAUCAAAAAAGAGGAAUUAUUAAGGGACAGCUCAUCAGAGCAAGUAGAAUAUGUAGCACUCAGGAAGAGUUUGAACUGGAGGUGGAAACCUUGCAGGCAUUAUUCUUGGAAAGAGGAUACCCCUUGGAACUAUUCAGGACCUUAGCUGGUGAAGUAAGUUCCUUAAGGAAUUCCCUAUACCCACCGAUAUUGGGGAAAGGGUCGGAAGCAUUGAUCAAUUCUGCUUCAAAUACACUGGUCCACCACACGAACAGCUUUGCAUACACAUAUUCCUCCAAUUCUAAGGAAAUGGAGGAAAUCAUAAUGCACCAUUGGCCGGUCCUAGCUCUUUUUGAAGAAUUGAAGGACUUUAUACCCCCUAAACCAAGUUUUGUCAGAAAAAGAGGUGCAAACUUUAAAGAGAUUUUUGAAAGAAAGCAUGACAGUAAGAAAAAGGUAAAGCAACCAAGAUUAGGCACACACAGAUGUGGUUCUUGCGCACAAUGUCACGCCAUAUCGAAUGAAUCAUCCCUCUAUAUCCCAUCUAGGAAUUUUAGAGUGCACCCGACAGGUUUCUACACAUGUGCCACCAAAGGGGUUGUAUACCUGGGCCUCUGUACCACAUGUCAAAGUUUCUAUGUGGGGAAGACCGAGAGGGAACUCAGAAAACGGAUCUACGAACAUCUCUAUGAUAUGGCUAAAAAGAAGGAAACAAAUGCUUUCUUCAAGCAUUCUCUUUCCUGUCCAGGGUUAAACAUCAAAUUUACAGUACUAGAACAAGUUGAACUAGAUGCAAGGGGAGGUGACUGGGAAUCCACUUUAGGUUACCGCGAAUUAUUAUGGCAACUAAGGUUGGAUGCAGGAAGAUCACCCGGGCUUAAUGGGACUAUCAGCAUCAAACCAGUUCUGAAGUUAAGAAGAGCUAGGUUAUAGCCUUUAUUAUGUUGAUUCAUCUUUAGAUUUAGCUGUUCUAAGUGGGUAUUUUUUCUCCAUGGUGUUGUAUGUCGCAAUCACCCUUACCACUAUUUUUAACUUUUAACUUAUAUCUUGUUCAAGUGUCCAUUAUCAAUAGAUUAAUACAUUAAUGUUGUUUUUUAGCAGCAUGAUGUUAAUUCCAUGAAUUCACCCUAAUAGAUUUUAUGAAGAAAGACUUUAAUGUUUUAAACAUGUACAUUAUUGUCCUAGACAUAUCGGGGGCAUUAAUCCUCAGAAGUUAAAUCUGUUUAUUACUUGCAAUGUUGCACAGAAUGCAAUUCGGUCAAUAUAUUUUUUUAGCUUAAUGCAACCUAUUUAAUAUAUGAAAUGCAUUUACUAUUUUAAUUUCCAGCUUGGAAAGUAUUUUUACUCACAAACCGGUUUUGCAAUAUACCUUUUUUAUAUUUAUUUUUAAAGAAACUUUUUAGUAUGCACCUUUAAAUGUACUAACUUAUUUUGACAACAUGCAUUUUCAAUUAAGACCUUGAUUAGUACAAUAUUUAAGACGUAUUGCUGAAUGGGAUGUUUGUAUCACUUGAAAAAGCUCACUGAGCGAAAGCGCUUGUGUUAUUUUGCUUCGUGAACUGUGUUUAUUAAAGGAUAUUCUUCUCAAGACUCAUCUCUGUGCUGUUUCCCACUUCCUUGGCCGUGGAUUUGGUUUUUUGGCUUUUGUUGCUUUGGUUUUUAGCAUUUGAGAGAGAGAUUCUUAAUACUGGAUCAUAUGAAGAAUCUCUUCCACUUUAUCAGGUAUGCUUUUCUGAUGGUUGGCCUUUUGGCUUCUUACAUGAGCAGAACAACUGAGUGAAUCUGUACAAGAAGGAUAAAUCCUUUACAAGUGUCCACAUACUACCCCUUCUGGCACAAAGAAUAGCUGUGGGUAAAACUCCUUUUGUUUCUGAUGUUUUCUGACAUUCUUCAUCACUCCCAUGGACAAUUACUGCUAUACAAUUUUAAUGCAAGAUCUACCUGGUCCCAUGAAUCAGGGGAAUUCUCAUUAGGAGGGAUGGAAGUAAAAUAUUUUCUGGCAUUGAGAAAUUAUGAUUCUUAUUCACUAGCUGGAUGGUAUAUGAAACCAGAUUUUUUUUGAAUGAAGUCAGUAUGCAGCAAAGCCACGGGGUGAAUGAGAAAGGGGAAGGAGUAAUUAGUACUGCUAGGAAGUUUCUUACAUGGGAGGAGACUCCUCUCUUUUCACCCUACUUUGCUGUAUCCACUGUAAGGUUUGAUUCUUUAAAGAUGCUCUUUUUGUGUGUACUGGACAACCCCUGUCCGUUUUCCAUAAAAGAGCCUUGAUUUAUUUAGAUUGUUCCCAAUAAGUUUUGAAAUAUGUCAAAGGAUAUGCUUGUUAUUUUGCCCUACACCUUGCUUGGGAGGACCAAUGAGAAAUGUUCUGAGCAGAGGUACAUCCAAGAGUUGGUUCUUAAUAGUCUGUGGCAAGGGCUGAAGCCUAACCUAAGUGGGUCUCCUCAGCAGCAUCCUGAAAGCCACUGCCCUACUGCAGCUGUCCACAGCACCACAGCUACCAUUUUAUGGAGUCCUAACUCCAUUCUAAAGGUCAUCUUGGUGAGAUUAAAACCUUUUUUUGGCACUUCAACACAUGUGCUUGGCAGCUGACUGGUUGCAACACUAGGCUGACUGAGAUGCAUUCAUUUUUACCAUACCAGUUUAGAAUCCUUACUCUCUAUUGUUUGCUUAAGCAUUUAGCCCGAACACCAACUUGGAUCUUUUGAUCACACUUCCACUGAACAGUGGAUCUGCCAGUGGAUUCUUGGAGAAAUACCAGGAUACUCCUGCUCCCUUCAGAAUCUUUCCAGCUUCCCAGACGAAGGCAGCUGAGAUAUUGCGGUGCAGACUAAAAUGCAUCAUCAAAAGCCGGAAGGACUGGAAAUACUGGCAAAGGUUUGGGCUUCUUCUAAAUACCUACUGUUUUGCGGUGGAACUCUUUCAUAGCUAAAAUGCUCCCUCAUCGGAUUAAGAGAAUCUCUAAAGGAAAUGGUCUUAGAUCACCAUCACUGUAACCUAGUCUGCAAUGAAUAUGCCAACUCCUUUCUGUCGAAGUCUAAUUACUGUGAAAUGGAAGAAGGAAAUCCUUUCUCCUCUUGUGGGAUGGCAUCAUAGGAUAGCUGGUCCAACAGGACAUUGGCACUCUGCCAGAUUGACAUAUUUCUCUGCAAACAUUUUGUAAUUAACCUGCCAAGAUGGGGGCUAAGAAGGAUAACAGACUUGAGGGGUCAGAAUGUGGCCUUCCUCAACUGUCCCAACAAGAACUGCUAACCUAUCAAAUAACCCCUUGGGAGACUUGACUUCAUGCAUUGGAAAUCUCUUCUCUUUCUUGUAAUUCUGGAGAAGGCAGCAGCCCCUGACCAGCGAGUAGAAGAGAGAUCUUUUUUGAGUGCCUGGAAACUCAUGUCUCUCCUGGCUGUUGAAGACUCCUGCGAGACCUGUGUAGCAGCUCAAGCCAGUAACCCACCUGCCUCCAGAAACUUUAGUACAGGUGGAUCUCAGCAAGGCCGACAAAGAUGCUGUGUGGCCUCCUGUUGUCUGCUCACAGUCACAAAGCCAAGAAGUUUUGGAAUAAAGCCAUUUUCUUCUUCACUGGGAUGCAUGACAUUAAUAUUUUGUGUCAAAUGCCAGAAGUGAUGUGUGAAGAAUGCUUUGGAGGCCAGUCUGUCAAUCAGAUGUCUGGGUCAACACCAGAAGUCACAAAUACUGCUACAGUAGUGAUCCUUAUGAUGAACACACACAUACGUACUUGUAUGCAAACCAGAGAACACACAUUUACUCAUAUGUUCUGAUGUGCAUCAAACAACAAUGCAAAUGCUGUUCUAUCACUACAUGAGCUAAAAAAUAUAUGAAUGCUAGCUCCUGUAAUAUUUUAAUAAUAAAAACAAGAUAACUCUUCACAGCCUCUCUCUGAUGGACAGAUAUUGUAUUCCUAAAAACAAAACUUGCAAAGCAAACCUACUAAGGUGCACAACUACCAAUUACAAGAACAUACUUGGAGUUCUACAACAAAGUCCCCAACUGUGAAGUAGAAUGAACUGCCAGCAGUACUCACUACUAUGUAUACAACCAAGCUCUACUGCAUUGUCCUAGCUACAACUUCCAACUAAAAUCUGGAAGACUGAACUUAUAGGACACAUUUUUUAAUACAUGUAGAUCUGCUGCUAAACAUAAGUGUUGUUUUUAUGUCUAACACUAACAUAGGCAUACCCUCCUGAAAAAAGUUACAAGCAUAACUGAUGCAUUAGAAAAAAAUGACCUCAUUACACCUUAUUUAUCGUACUUGUUCAAUUAACGGUGCCCAGUAAAUUACUUACUUCAAAAUGCAUGGCAUUUUAUUAGAAGUACAAAUUAAGACAAAACUAGUACUGCAUUUAAAUGGAUGUUUUAAACAGUCAUAACCCACAAGUACUUGUGGUUUAGAACCAUAAAAAAAUAACUUUGUCUGAACACUUUAUUUAUCUGCCAUCUCCAAAGCAUUUAUAUGCUUUAGAGAUACAUAAUGUCACCAAGUAGGAUUAACAAAAAUUACAUGUUCUAAAUGACAAAUUUAGGUAUCCUGUAAGACAGCAUCAAAAUGAAAACAAGUGUAACAUACAUACACAAUGGAAAAAAGCCAGUGUUCAUGCAAUGGCAGGCAAGAUGUUUAAAAAAAAAAAAAAAAAAAAAAAGAGAAAA